GCUGAUAUUCAAGGAAAAAUUAGAUCCACAACAUACAUGGAACCUGAACAGAUAAGCAGUUUAAUUAACUCGCUACGGCAAAGUGCGACACAACGUCAAAAAUCUUGCAUCGAUUUUGACGACCCAUCCACAAUGACGGAUGCUGAUUAUUGGAAUCUUACUGGGUUGACGAAAGACCAAUUCUCAACUCUUAUCGGUGAUGUAGACGACAUACGGACAACAAAGACCAGGUCCAUUCGAACAUGCAUCGCAUUGCUCCUAGUCAAACUAAGAACUAGUUUAGGGAAUGCGCUGCUCAGCACUUUGUUCAACAUGACGAUUGCGCAGAGCUGGAUUCAGGAAGGUGAUGUGGUCGUAGUUGACAGAGGUUUCCGAGAUGCGUCGACUGUUCUCGAAGAACUUGGUGUAACUAUGCAGAUGCCAUCUUUUAUGCGAAAGGGGUCUACACAGCACACAAGCGAAGAGUCUAACAAGUCGAGGCUUGUGACGAAGAUACGAUGGGUUGUCGAGUCAACCAAUGGCAGACUCAAGACAUGGACAUAUUUAGCUAGGACAAUGCCAAACACCCAAGUGCCAUUUAUUGGUGACUAUGUGCGAAUUGUUGGAGCAAUCUGCAACCGCUUCAGACCGGCUCUAAGUAGCGGGGACUCCGAUCAAGACAAAAUAGUUGCAGAGAGAAUGUUGUAUUUGUCAGGGCAGAACAACGAUUUACAACAAUUCAUCUCUGACAACGACAUAGAAAAAAUAACCAAGGCAUCGUGGAAACCGAUGGACGAACUAGACAUAAACUGUCCAAUAAUGACCGAGGAUGAACUUAGAUGUCUAAUCUUUGGUGUAUACACAGUUAAGCUGGCGGCUUCUUAUACACAAGAGCACAUGUCAAGUGACGGAAUAUACUCAAUUCACGGUUAUGUGCACAAUAGGAGUUUGCUGUGCUUGAAGUUCCAAAGUCGGCAUGUGUCCCGAAAGCAAUACCGGUCUUACAUACGUUUUAAGGAGGGGUCAGUCGACGCAUGGUUUUGCAGCUGCCCAGUGGGAGCACGUGUAGUUGGAACAUGUGCGCACGUUACAAGUGCGCUGUGGUACCUUUGUUUCAGGCGACACCAAACUGAUCAACCGUCAGAUGGUCCGAGAAAUUGGGCUGCAGACAUUUCAGAUGCUGCUAACGUGUCAUAUUAAAUAUUAAGACGCGCUCUGAGACAUAGACAAAACAAGUCUUAAAAAUGUGUGUUCAUUUACAUCUAAUAAAGACAAAACAAGUCUUAAAAAUGUGUGUUCAUUUACAUCUGAUAAAGACAAAACAAGUCUAUAAAAUGUGUGUUCAUUUACAUCUGAUUAAGACAAAACAAGUCUAUCAAAUGUGUGUUCAUUUACAUCUGAUUAAGACAAAACAAGUCUAUAAAAUGUGUGCUGAAUGAUUUCUCUGAGAAAAAGGGGUUAAAUGCAUUAAUAGGCGUCAAGUGCGCAGUAGAGGGCGUUGUGUUUCUGACAAACACAUCUCUUGUUUAAAGAUGUGAAUGUAAGCAAUAUUACAAUUUGCAACAUUGAAAAUAUUUUAUACUGAUUGUUGAAAGUCGUGUAACUGACAUGUUUAUAAAAUUGACUGGUUUUAUUUUUUUGUUUUUUUGGUGACAAAUAUCAAUGGGCAUAAUAAUGUGUGGAUGGCAUGAUAGAAAAAAAUGUCAUUAUUGGAAGAAUGUGAACAUUUACCAGAUGAAAAUCGUUAGUAUAACAACGAUUGUAUAAACAUAAGCUUCAUACUAUCGCUAUAUUUAAAUCAGAUUUGGGUUUUUCCAAAAAUUGGAGAAUGUGAUUUGUCAACUACGGAAAAACUAAAACGUCAAAAAAGCCAUAUUUGACAAUUAUUAAUGGAAAAUUGUGAGGAAAUAAUAGGAUAAAUAGAAUAUUAUGUUAUUUUUGGAUAAAUAUCAAGUUUAUCAUGCUCGGCACGAACUAUGUUAGCGCUCGGCAUGCCUCGCGCUACAUCGGUUCUAAGCCUCGCAUGAUAAACUUGAUAUUUAUCCAAAACUCACAUAAUAUUCUCUAUAUGUACAAGGUUACGCGAUCAGGAUGUGCAUACGGAAUAUGUUAUUACAAUAGGUCAUGAUAUUACACCGUAUUUGUUGUUGUUUUAUUAAUAUUUUCGUUGUUACUUAUAAGAAUGUUCUAGUUUUAUUAUGAUGAUGCGAUUUAAAAAAAUGUUAUAAACAAUGUGUGAUUAUUUUGCGUAAAACAUUUAGCGAUAUGAAGAAAUAAUAAUAUCAUAUGACAUGUAAUAUGUUACUUUGAUUUAUGAACAUGAAUUAAAUCAUUUCUCACAUUGUG